AUGACAAUGCCAACAGUGCUCGAACCUCUACGGCCUCGUGUCGUUUUGAGGAACUUGCGCGCAGCUGCCAUACUUGUCCCAUGGCUGGUGCACCUAACCGCCAGUGACGUCUUGUUGUCCCUCUUACUACCGCUGUCGUUCAUCGCGCCAACAUGGACAUACCAUCUGUCAAGCAAGAUCGCAUUCUGGGUGUGGUAUGGCAUACAGCUCAUCUUCACUCGCUUCAACAAAGCAAGAAUCACCACCUCCGGCGACGAUCUCCCACCAAAUGAGUCAGCUAUAGUUGUGUGCAAUCACGUAUCAUGGACCGACUUCUAUCUUAUUCAGCAGCUUGCAGUCAAGUCCAACAUGCUCGCAUAUCAGCGCUACUUCGCCAAGCAACAGCUGAAAUGGGUGCCGUUCCUGGGCUGGGGCUUAUGGGCUAUGGGCAUGCCCCUGAUUUCUCGGAACUGGGACCGUGAUCGAGUCGAGCUACAGAAGGUCUUCAAAGGGCCGAAGCAAUACAGAUGGCCCCAGUGGCUGGUCAGCUUCAGCGAAGCAACCCGCUUCACGCCCCAGAAAUAUUUGCAGACCGUGCAGUGGUGCAAGCAGCAGGGCAAGCCGAUUCCGCGAUAUGCACUGUUUCCACGCACCAAAGGAUUCAUUGCGACCGUCAGAGAGCUGCGAGAAUCGAGCAGUAUAGAAGCAGUCUACGACUUUACAGUCGCGUAUGCGCACAAGGAUCACUUCCUUCAGGCUCCCUCUAUGUGGGAUUCACUGUCCCAGCCGGACCUGAGUCGUGACUGGCAGUUCCACGUACAUGCCGAUCGAUUCGAUAUCAGAGAGUUCGCGAAUAUGACUGACACUGAGCUUGCGGCCUGGUUGGAGCAUCGAUGGCAGGUCAAGUCGCGCAAGCUGGAGAGCCUGCAGUUGAGGUUGGCUGCAGGCCAAUCUUGGUCGGAGAUCGAGGCGAAGAAGGCGAAGUGA